GCACAGACGGCGAGCUUCCAACGCCGAUUUUUGCAUCAGCCUCAAUGCACGAUAUGAGAGGUCUGACCAUGGCGUAGCACCCCCAGCCGACGAAGGCAACCGAAUCCCAGCUUCCCGGCGUAAUCUUCUCCCGCUGCCAUCAUGCCGAAGAAGGCCAUCGACGCGCGCAUUCCUGCCCUCAUCCGCAACUCGCAGCUCCUCCGCCAUCGAUCCCUCUUCGUCAUUGUCGGCGACCACGCUAAAGAUGUCAUCGUCAAUCUGUACCACAUCUUGCUGAACCUCGACAUCAAGAUCAGCAAGUCCGUACUAUGGGCCUACAAAAAAGAAUUGCUGGGCUUCAGCAGUCACCGCAAGAAGCGGGAAAAGAAGAUCAAGGCGGAGAUUAAGCGAGGCCAGCGCGAUGUGGACGAGCAAGAUCCCUUCGAGCUGUUCGUCAGCACGCGAGAUGUGCGAUAUGUCUACUACAAGGAGACGGAGAAGAUUCUCGGUCAGACCUUUGGCAUGUGCGUGCUGCAAGACUUUGAAGGUCUGACGCCGAAUUUGCUGGCGAGGACAAUGGAGACGGUAGAAGGAGGAGGAAUGGUCUUACUCUUGCUGAAAAAUAUCACCAGUCUGAAGCAGCUGUACACCAUGAACAUGGAUGUCCAUGCGCGGUACCGCACAGAAGCUCACGGAGAUGUCGUGGCGAGAUUCAACGAGAGAUUUCUGAUGAGCUUGGGAAGUUGCGGAGGCGCAUUGGUCAUCGAUGACGAAAUGAACGUACUGAGCAGUGUCUCUGGUGCAAGAGGAGUGGUGGAGCUCAAGAGCGAAGAGGUCACAACACAAAGCCAGAAGUCGAAAGAGGAGCUUGCUGAGAUCAAAGAGAGUCUUGAAGGCGAGAAGCCAGUUGGCGAUUUGGUAAAGCUUGCGAGGACAGUAGACCAAGCAAAGGCCCUCAUGACUUUCGUCGAAGCCAUAAUGGAGAAGACACUGGCAAGCACGGUGACACUCACAGCAGGCAGAGGACGGGGAAAGUCAGCUGCUUUGGGCAUGGCAAUAGCUGCAGCAAUCGCGUGCGGCUACAGCAACAUCUUCAUCACAUCACCAUCUCCUGAGAACUUGAAGACAUUGUUUGAAUUCGUCUUCAAGGGCUUCGAUGAGUUUGGCUACCUCGAUCACACAGACUACGACAUUGUACAAUCGACAAAUCCAGACUUCAACAAAGCCAUCGUCCGAGUGAACAUACACCGAGAGCACCGACAGACGAUCCAGUAUAUUCAGCCGCAGGACUCAUACACUCUUGGACAGGCGGAGCUCCUAGUCAUCGAUGAGGCUGCCGCCAUUCCUCUGCCGCUUGUGCGAAAACUGCUCGGUCCAUAUCUGGUCUUUAUGGCGUCCACAAUCAAUGGAUACGAAGGAACAGGCCGCUCGCUCUCCUUGAAGCUGAUACAACAACUACGGGAUCAAUCACGGAGUGUUGGCAAGCCGAACGGCGACACCAAGAUCGCGAACCGGGAUGGCAACAAGAAGGAGCAAGACUACACACCGAGGACCGCUCGAUCGCUACGAGAGAUCGAACUGAACGAGCCGAUUCGAUACGCUUCUGGAGAUGCUGUUGAGAAAUGGAUGAACACACUGCUUUGUCUUGAUGCCACACUGCCGCGGAAAUCGAGGAUUCAUGGAACUCCUCAUCCUUCACAAUGCGAAUUGCUGCAAGUGAACCGCGAUACCCUCUUUUCAUUCCACCCAAUCACCGAAAAGUUCUUACAACAGAUGAUGGCGCUUUAUGUCGCUUCACAUUACAAGAACUCGCCAAACGACCUGCAACUCAUGUCUGAUGCGCCGGCGCAUCAAUUGUUCGUGCUGGUAGCGCCGACUGCAGAUGAUGCCAAUAAGCUGCCGGAAAUUCUUUGCGUGGUUCAGGUGGCCUUGGAAGGACAGAUCAGCAGGGAGAGUGUGCUGAACAGCCUUUCGCGAGGUCAAAGAGCUGGUGGCGAUCUCAUCCCAUGGCUUGUCAGCCAGCAAUUCCAGGAUUCCGAGUUUGCAAGCCUGAGCGGAGCACGGAUCGUGCGCAUUGCCACGAACCCGGACUAUGGGAACAUGGGCUACGGGUCUCGUGCACUUCAGCUUCUGAACGAGUUCUACGAGGGCAAGCACAUCAGCUUGGACGAGUCUGCAGAUGUGCUCGCCAUGAACGAGGAGUCAGCAAGGCGGGUUACCGACGAGGAGCUUGCUGAGGGCUCGUUGCAGACGGAGACGAUCAAGGUUCGCGACAUCAAAUCUAUGCCUCCGCUUUUCGCACGGUUGCAUCAACGUAAACCUCCUAAGCUGGACUACACUGGCGUUUCAUAUGGUUUAACGCAACAGCUCCACAAGUUCUGGUAUCGAGGUGGCUAUGUCCCAGUCUAUCUUCGGCAGACUGCAAACGACCUGACCGGCGAGCAUACGAUGGUGAUGCUGAAGCCAACCAACAGUGAUACAACAGAUCCGAGCUGGCUCGGCGCCUACGCACAAGACUUCCAUCGCCGAAUCUUGAACUUGUCCUCUUACCAGUUCCGUGUCUUCCCCACCGUUCUGAUCCUCUCGAUUGAUGACAGCACCAACAAGGGCAUCAAAUUACUGGAUGAUUCCGAAAAGGCCCGUCCACUCGACAAGCCAGAGCUUGAUAAGCUGUUCUCUCCCUACGACAUUAAGCGGAUAAAAUCGUAUGCGGACAACAUGCUGGACUAUCACGUUAUCUUGGACUUGAUGCCUACGAUUGCAACUCUCUUCUUUACUGGCCGCAUCAAAGACGACAAUGGAGUCGUGCUCUCUGGCGUGCAAAAAGCCCUACUCUGCGCGAUCGGGCUGCAGCGCAAGAUGUUGGAGGACAUGGAGAAGGAGCUCAAUUUGACUGUUUCACAACUCAUGGCCAUGUUCAUCAAGGUGAUGCGCAAAGUCAGCACGCACUUUGAAAAAAUCCUUUCUGGUGCCAUUGAAGCUUCUAUGCCUGCCACCAAUGGCCGAGCACAUGCUGCGCCUGACGAUGAAGAUGCGGAGCAAGCGAUCGAUGGCGCUGCCGUGAGCAAGAACCUCGCAGACGAUCUAGCAGAAGGAGCGGAGGAGUUCAACGAAGAGGAAAGGCAACGAAAUCGAAAGAUGAUCGAUGCCUUGCCUCUGGACAGAUAUGCUAUUCAAGAGGGUGAGGCAGGUUGGGAAGAUGCCGAGAAACAAGUCAAAGAUGCGGCGAAGAAGGGGAAGAGCGUUAGUACCAUUGCUGUCAAGAGUAGCAAGAAGGGAGAAGAGAAGAAGCGGAAAGCUGGUGAGGCAUUGAGGGAAGCGCAAGAGGAGGCCGAGAAGCUAGGUGGCGGUGGUGGCAAAAAGAGUAAAAAGAGCAAGCGAUGAAGUUCAGUAUAGAAUAGAUACCCUUGUACAACAUUGAAUUGUACGUUUCUCUCGGG